AUGUCAGAGACUACAGAACCGACAGUAGUGUCCUCAGGGGCUAAGGAAGAUGGGGACCAGCUUCGCUCCCAGGCUCUAGCCGCUGAUUCGAAACAGCUACUAUCUGGUUAUUAUUUCAGCAUCAGAGUCAUUGGAACUUUUGGUGGGAUUGGGUUCAGUCUCUUGGGCACAUACUGGGCGUUCUCCGUUGGUGCUGCCGUAAUCACAGCGAUCAAUCGAGAUAUCGGCCCUAGUGCGAAUACGAGUUUGUUCUCUAUUGUGUGGACAGUCUGCGAUUGUAUCAGUAUUCUUCUUUUUGGUCGGCUUUCGGAUCGAUUUGGCCGCCGCGGUUUAGCUAUUGGGGCGAAUAUCCUUGGGAUAAUCGGAGGUAUCGUUGCGUGUACAGCGAGGGAUAUGGAUGUUUUGAUAGGGGCUAACGUAUUGCUCGGCCUUGCCUCUGGACCCCCGGCGUCAUAUCCCUUGCUCACAGGUGAACUUGCGACCAACAAGACGAAAUAUCUCGCUACAGUUCUCGUGGCGGUGCCGAAUGUUAUUGCGACAGGGUUUGGCGCAUACUUGGGCCUUCUCAUUUCUGGAGCUGUAUGCCUUGUUGCAUUCGUUUUAUAUGAAGUGUUCGGAGGACCCGAGCGUCCUAUCAUCCCUAUGCACUUCUUCAAAGAUUUCACCGGAUUCACACCGAUCGUGGUUAUCUCAGCCGUCACUGGUUGCCUCAACGUGGCGCUUCAAAUCACUUGGCCUUCACAAGUUACGAGGGUUUUUGGCACGAGCGAUUGGGAGACGACAGCAUGGCUUACGACAACAGUUGCUUUCGGGGCCUGGGCCGGGAUUGUCUUUGUCGGAUCUCUAUUCCAUAUUAUCAAGCACAUUCGUUGGCAGCUUAUUGUGGGAUGUAUCUGGAUGUCCGCAUUCGUGGGUGCCAUGGCUUCGAUCGACCCGACUGAACGUAGCCAGGCUGCAGCGUUCUCCUUUCUUGCUACCAUUCCCGUAGGAUGGGGUGAAGUGGUCACCAUGCUUAUGGUACAAUACGUGGCUUCAGAUCCGGAUCUUGGUGUCGCCUUUGCCGUAGUCUCCGCGAUGCGUAGCAUCAAGCUGAACAAGAUCGUCAUCCCGGCGAUCACCUCUGCCGGUCUACCGACGAGUUCAGUCCCUGCCCUUCUUCAAGCAAUCACCGUCGGAACUGAAGACGCCCUCAGAACUGUGCCAGGAAUGAACGAUGACAUUUUCACUCUAGCAUCAGUGAGGAUUUCGGAAGCUUAUGCCGCUGCAUACGUUUAUCCUUAUUAUACCGCAUUGGCGUUAGGCAUUGUUUCAAUUAUCGCAGCGAUUUUCAUUCGUGACUUUGGCCAUCACUUAAAUGAUCACGUUAGCAGACAAGUUUACAAGAAGCGUGACACAGGCAAGGACAUACUGCAACUGGUCGACCGUCCCACGCCGCUGCAGGAUACUAACCAGCCGAAACAAACCUGCGAGAAAUCCGAUGAAGUAGUUUAG